GCUGGCGAGAGGAAGAGCCGCUAAACAACCUAACCGCCUCAGUCCGCCGGUCAAUAGGCAAAGAUCUAUCGAAGCCCGACCGGAGAUGCCUAUGGGUGAAGCCAAUGGAGCACCUCUGCGGAUGAUGGCCUCUCAAAUGGAUCGACUAGAACAGAUCAUGACCAAAUUGGUAAAGGUUAAUUCUGACCCUUCUCGCCCUGUUCCAGCUCAGUACCCGUUGCUUACGGCUCCUCCCGCGGGUGGACCAGUUCACUCCGCCACCCCUCUUCAAAUAGCUAAUCCAGCAGAAAGAAUCGAAUGCUAUAACUUCAAGCAACCAGGGCAUUUCGCUCGAGAAUGCCCUCAGCCGAAACGCAAUCAGCCGCCUCCCACGGUUGCGCCCGUAGCUUUGAACCAGGGACAAAUGGCCACGGUAUUAGAACAAGCAAGGGAGGCUUCCCCAUUCAUCACUGAUCAGCCCCUUUCGGGUGAUCAAGGCGCAUCCACGUCAGAAGCCUCUGAAGCCACAGAUGUCGUCGAUCCCACCGAGUACCUUCAAUUGGCUGGUCUGAUCGGAGUGAUUCGACCUGCCAAAGAAGAACUUGAUUGGGUCGAACGAACAUCGGAACUAGGACCUCAGUUUCAGACAGGAGAAAUCGAUCUCCUACAGACACUCAAACAGUUAGAUAUUCGAGUGCCAAUCCCUGUAGGACAUUUGCUGACUAUAUCCGAGGCCGCGAAUGACAAGCUUCUACAACAGUGUCAGAAGAAUCAGAAGCGCUUCACCUAUCAACGCGUUCAGCGUAUGCUGAAAAAGAAGCAAGAAGACGAAAACGAAGCUAAUCCGCCCCAAGUAAUCACCACAAACGCACCUGAACCGGCCCGAAUCGCAGCUAUCUCCUAUGCUGAUAAAAAUCACUUUGUACGAGUGCGAUCGGUCCUAUGGAAAAGCGCGGAAUGCGAUUGUGAAGUCUGGGGAAAACCUUUUGAUGCACUGAUUUAUACCGGAUCGUCGGCAGUCGCCAUCUCCUUGAACACAGUCCGAAAAACUGGACGAUUGAACUCUAUCCUUCCUCUACCCGGGAGGGAUAACUACGUCUCGGCCGAUGAGGAAGCCAUGAAUAUCGUGGGAAUCAUCGAGAAUGUCGCGAUCAAGCUGGAGGCGAUUUCCGCAAUCUUGGCUCAGGUGGGACCCGACCUCGAACACGUGGUGGAAUACGCAUCUAAGACGGUGCCGACCUGCAAGCACAACUACGCGGCCCCGACGGGAGAAUGUUACGCAGCCUUAUGGGGGAUCAGCCACUUCCGAGCAUAUAUGUACGGUCGAAAAUUUACAUUGGUAACCGAUCACGAGCCGCUGUUGGCACUGAAGAAAUCCAAGGAUUACUCGGCCAUGAUCGGACGAUGGGCCACCAUCCUGCAGAGCAUGGACUUUGACAUCCGUCAUCGGAAGCACGAGAGGCACGGGAAUGCUGACGGGUUCACACGACUGCACAGACCUGAGAAGGUCCUCAAGAGCGAAGAAGUGAUUCCGUGGAACGAGCCGCAGAAGGAAAAAGGACCGCGGUACGGACAGGUGGAAAUUUUGUCAAAAGAAAGAAAUCUAGCGGCGCGUGACACGCGUCCCUGGCCCGAGAUCGUAUAUCUGAUCGUCGGAAUUCACCGGGCCACCCCCCAUGAAUCCACGGGGUUCACCCCCUUCCUGCUUCGAACCAAUAGCCUCCCAUGGGUCGAUUACCAGGGCAACUCGGAAAUUGCCGAAGCAGGGGGUAGAGACACGCGUGCCACCCUUCAGGCCAAGGCCAAAAGGUAUGCCGAUUUAAUGGAGAAGGUCGUGCCUAAAUUGGCUCGGGAAAGACAGAAAAUGACCGAACUGACCCACAGUAGACAGGUGACGUGGACGCGAACCAGUGAGCAGCCUGCGUGCAUCGAGUACCUGGAGCUGUUGAUCCUGCAGGCUUGGAGAACGGACAUGGAAGGCGACCUUCUCGAUUUUCUCUUUGGAUCGGUGUGGCCAGGCCAUCGCCAGCUUAUCGUCCAAGAACUCAUCGUCCCGAUCAUGCAAUUAGCUGACGAUCUCCCCCUCAACAUCGUUUCGCAAAGCGACGACAGUCCCGCCCCGCACGUCAUCACGAGGGCGUUAACACCGUACCUUCAGUGGACUGCUUGCUUGGAGGAACCCGGGAGUGACAGCACCUUGCCAUCACGACAGGAGUACUUGAAGCCGUACGAAAUCAUUGAUCGCGCCUUCUAUCCGAGGGAGCCUGAGGAGGUGCUUCAAGAAACCACUGAAGAAGAGGGCGACGCCGAUGAAGAAACAUCGGAGGAGGGGAGUUAUAGUGAGUACAGCGAAGGGGAGCAGAGUGAGGAGGAGGAGGGGCUAGAAGAAGAAGAAGACGAAGAGGAGGAAGCCGGAUCGGAGUGGGAGGAUCUGACAGAAGAAGUGGCGCGCACGGGCACAGAGCCGGAAGAUCCCGAGACGGCACGACGAAGGGAAGAGAUCGCCGCCGAGGAAAACCAGUUGGAGAUCGCCAGCGGGGCGGGCCUGUGCAUCAAUGACGAUCCAACCAGGGAUCCAGAGCCCCCCGAGCCCAAAGAUGGUGGAUCAGCAACCGCGGCUCCGAGCACAUCGCAAAGGAGACGGAGCCGAUCCCCCUCCCCCUCCACCCCAACCCGUCCCCCAGUUCGUCCACGUACCGAUGCGGGGGAUCGGCCUUCGUCCCCGGUCGUUAUCCCGCCGUCCCUUUGAUUACCUCACCCUUUGCCAGAUCUCUACCCCCGUCACCUUCCCUCGCAACCCCUUCCCUCCCAAUACUUUCGAGCACUUUUACUC